AUGAUUAUCACACUUAUUAUAAUCUUUAUAUAUAUCCCCCUGGGAUUCGCUCUGAUUGUGUCUCAGCCUUAUCGUGUGACAGGAGAAGAUGGAGAAGUCUCCAUGCACUGCUCUUUUAGAUCCAAACUGAGGCCGGAAGAGGUCCAGGUUUCUGUGUAUAAAGGUUUGCAUGGACAUGAGAGGAUCUGCAGCGCGUAUGUCAACCUCUCCCAGCCCUACUUCGCAACAGAUGGCUCAGUUCGCUGCAGAGGGAAUAUUAACUUUGGAGGAGUGGAUCUGAUCAUCGCUGGACUGCGAGGGGAAGACACGGACCUCUAUCGCUGCGAGAUCGAGAUCCUCUUUCCACCUCCAUAUCUCAGAGCGCUCGGGAACGGCACUGUUGUUUACAUACAAGAAAUCCCAAACUGCCCCACUGCACCCAAUGCAUCCACCCAGAGUCAAAGCCAGAGCCAGACUUCAGAUCGGCAAACUGUUGAAAAUGACAUUGGUCCACUUCUUCUGCUAUACAUCAUCUUGAUCAUCACUUCCUGCAGUUUUAUUCUACAGAUCGCCAUCUGCAAAUGGAGAACUUCUUCAUCUAUGGCACCUAUGCUUUCCCAAAAAGAUAGCUAUGUGAAAUUCUAGGGGGCGUGAUUUCCCCCUUCCUGCAUGACCUAGCAUGUAUUCACACCUGCAUGUACUCGCAUGUCAUUUUCUCCUGCAUGUAAUGACAUGUUAUUUUUACCUGCAUGUAUUGACAUGUAUGCACUGUAUUUUCUACAUGUACUCACAUGUAUUCCUACCUGCAUGUAUUUACAUGUAUUUACACUGAUAUUUGACUUUAUUUUAUUUUUGUUAAACAAUAAUGAACAUUUUUUUUAUGAAAAAAAAAAAAAAAACGCUUUAAAGGGGACCUUUUAUAAGGGGUUUAAACAGUGUGGCAACAGUCUGUGAAUAUAAAAAGCUUCUAAUGGUAAACAUUUAUUGGUUUUAUUUUUAUAAUUACACUUCAUAAAAAACGGUAUGCAUAAACACUUUGAUUGGCAUUUUCUCUUUGUACAUGUCAUCAAAGGGGGAAAGCCCCAUGCAUUAGUGACUAUUUCUCCCACAUUAGCAUAGGUCAUUAGUCUUGUUUUUUAAAUUGCCACUAUGCUGACACAUAGGCAUCUGUAGCUCCGCCCUCGUUUGAAAAGGACACAAUCUCAUUUGCAUUGAAACCAACAGUCACCAAAAUUGCACAAUUAGGAUUAAAGCCUUAAAGGGUCUGUUUAUAAAACAUUUUUUGUGGGGUAUAUUGAGCUGAAAAUUCACAAAUAAAUUCUAGGGACAUCAGAGGCUUGUGUAGAUCUUGUCAAAAGGAGGAUAAUAGGUCCCCUUUAAAAUAAAAAUGCUUGAGCAACAAUCUUUUUUUAAGGUUAAAUAAGGGAAACGGAUUGUUCUAACAGUUCUAAUAAAUGUUCUACUUUUACAUAUGGCGAAGGGAGAAGAUGUCACAAUUUGUUAUAAGAGUUUGUUUAA